AUGAACAAGGUCCCAAUUCGGGUCGAUGGCAGAUUUAGGUUGGGAGACCUCUUAGGACCUGGCUUGUACAGUGCUGUGUACCAUGCACGGAACAUUAUUAAUGAUGAUAACCUUGCCAUCAAACUUGAGCCUCUCAUCAAUAACACAUCCUCUCUAGAGCACAAAUAUCUUCUUGAUCUGCUCGGGCCAUCACUGCAUGAUCUUUUCAUCACACACAAUCAAAAAUUCAGCCUUCAUACUGUCCUGAAUUUUGGAGACCAACUGCUCUUAUCUCUGGAGCACAUUCACUUACACAACUACGUUCAUGGUGAUAUAAAACCACAAAAUGCCCUUGUUGAUUGUGGAGACUUAGAGCAAACAAUUUUUAUUGUUGAUUUUGGUGUCGUGAAAGAGUACUGGAACACUGCCGCCCAAGCCCAUAUGCCAUUUUGCCAUGGUGGACAUCUUACUGGCACUCCUGUGUUUGCUUCAAUCAACAACCACCUAGGAGUUGUGCCUGGUCAUUGUGAUGAUCUCAAGUCACUUAUAUACAUGUUGAUUUACUUCUUGCGCAGUUCCCUUUCAUGGUUUACUAGUGACCACAAGAAGCUUCUCACUUCUUCUAUACUGGCAUGCAAGGUGGACACUACCAUUGAAGAUCUAUGUCUUGGAAUUCCUCCUGAGAUCACAACUAUGCUGAUUUAUUCACACAAUCUUGCAUUCUCAGAGGAUCCCAACUAUGAUUAUCUUAGAUCAUUGCUCCAUGAUUCAGCCCCAUCAUCUCAUUACACAUCCUCCAUCCCUGAAAGGUCACUUAGUGGCCAAGGAGGUGCCUCUGUGUCGACCGAAGACAACACCUCUUCGCAGAUCAGCUUGUCAUGUUUUAUGCCCACAUAA